AUAAGUUCCUAGCUGCUGCGAGAAAUGUGUUUUCGCGAUCGCUUCGUGUAGUCGCGUGAAAGACAAAAAAACGUAGCAGAAUUUCUCGAAUCAGAUGGCUCUCUCCUCUCCAUAGCAUUGUGAGUUCAGUCAUACGUGCACAGUAGUAUCGGUGUCAUCGUAGCAAUAAAGUACGGUCCUCGGAGCGUGCUACUCAUAUGUAGCACCACUGUCGUCCUGAAGACGAUAGCAUGACGGUUCUGGCGGCAGCUAAGUCGUUUAAAUGCUUGACAUCACGUUUUCUGAUACAGUCCAAGGAUGUAGCACUGUAUCGGAGUGGGCAUUCAAAUGCAAGUGAACACCUUAAAAGCAUUUUACGUGAGGAAUUAAAUAACAUAAAAGCAGCUGGUACAUGGAAGGAGGAAAGGAUUAUCACAUCGAGCCAAAGCACUUUGAUCAGUGUUGCUGGUCAAAACACUAAGAUACUGAAUUUCUGUGCCAAUAAUUAUCUUGGUUUAUCAAAUCAUCCAGAAGUAGUCCAUGCAGCAAAAACAGCUCUUGAAAAAUAUGGUGCUGGACUGAGUUCAGUUCGUUUCAUUUGUGGAACACAAAGUAUACAUAAGGAACUAGAAAAGAAAAUUGCAGACUUCCAUUGUAAGGAAGACACUAUAUUGUAUCCCAGUUGUUUUGAUGCAAAUGGUGGCUUUUUUGAGUCAGUCCUUACACCAAAAGAUGCAGUUCUUUCUGAUGAACUGAACCAUGCUUCCAUCAUUGAUGGUAUACGUCUCUGCAAGGCACAGAAGUUCAGAUACAAACACAGAGAUAUGGCAGAUUUGGAAGAACAUCUGAAGAAAGUGAGCGAUGCUAGACUGAAAGUGAUUGCCACUGAUGGUGUAUUUUCAAUGGAUGGCAAUGUUGCUCCUUUGCCAGAUAUAUGCAAACUGGCACAAAAGUAUGGGGCUCUCACAUUUGUGGAUGAGUGUCAUGCAACAGGAUUUUUUGGGAAAACAGGAAGGGGAACUGAGGAAUUCUACGGCAUGAUGGGAGCAAUAGACAUUAUCACAUCUACACUGGGAAAGGCAGUCGGUGGAGCUGCAGGAGGAUACACAACAGGUCCUAAGGAGUUGAUUGAUAUCCUAAGACAGCGUAGCCGGCCGUACCUUUUUUCCAACUCAAUGCCACCAGCUGUUGUUGGUGCUGCAAUUAAGGCACUGGAUUUGCUUAUCAAUGACAGCUCAUUCACUGAACGUAUUCAGAAGAAUACAGAGAGAUUCCGUUCUGCAAUGACUAAAGCAGGAUUCACAAUUGCUGGGGAGAAUCAUCCUAUCUGCCCUGUCAUGUUAGGUGACGCUAAACUUGCAACUAUAUUUGCAGAACAGAUGUUGAGUAGAGGCAUUUAUGUAAUUGGCUUCAGUUAUCCUGUGGUGCCAAAAGACAAAGCCAGGAUUCGGGUGCAGAUAUCUGCAGCACAUACAAAAGAUGAAAUUGAUAAAGCUGUGAAUGCAUUUGUUGACAUUGGCAAGAAGCUGAAUGUGAUAAAAUAAAAUACUUCUCAUAACAUGAUAAAUAUUAAAUAUGUAUAACAGACAUGCCUCACUUAUAAAUUUGCAACACUUGUGAACAAUGAUCUGUUUUCAUUUAAAGGACAGCCAAUCAUUUUAAAACAUUUACACUCUUAACAAACCUUGCUUGUUCCUGUGAGAUUAUGCAGUUUUAUAGUGGAAUAAACAUAAUACAUACCUGCACACUUUGUUGCAGUUAUUGUAUUUGACCAUGAGUGAAAACUGUGGAAGUUAUUAUAAACACGUCUUGGGGAUGAAAUGAGUUCAUAAACAUUUUGAAGACUUUGUGCAUGGCACAAAUGGUAAACACAACUAAAAGAGCACCAAUAAGGUAAACAUCAGUCUUAAACCAUGUACUUACAGAUACAGACAGGGAAAAUUGUAAUGUAUUUAUAAAAGGAUAGUGAAAUGGGAAAUGCUUCACAACUGCUGAAUAUGUAUGGGAAUUGGAUAUACAUCCUAAUCUCCUUCUGUCCCGUCUCUCUGUCCAUUUUCUCCUCCCCCUGUCACUCACCAUCCCUUCCCGCCCCCCUUCUCUCCGUCCAUAGCCUCCUUCCCCUAUCUCUCUCCAUUUCCUCCUCUCUUUCUCUGUGUCCAUCUCCUCUUCCACUCUCUCUCUCUGACCUUGAGCCUUGUUUAUUGUUAUUGCAAACUAAACAAUGAUUGGGAAAUGAAGCCACUUAAAAUUAAUGGGAAAGUGGUUGGUGUCAUUGGUAUACAGAAUGUAAGAGAGACCGUACUAGCUGCUGUAUAUGUGUGGAUAGUAGCUUCAGUGAAAGUAUUUUGCAUAGCUGUAAUCUGCACGUAGGUAUGUAACGUUACAAGCAACUGGUUUGCCUGCCACAAGACGGACUGUAUCUGACAGGUUGGCUGUGGGCUGGUGUGAAUGUUUGUUGGGGCAGCCAGCUGUCAGAUAGGUGUGACAGGUAAGCUGAAGAGAAGGAAUUCAUGAGGCCCAGUGGUCAUCGGGAUUUUUCCAGGCAGGAUGAGGGUUGUGUACCAGUGACAUUGCUGUGGAGCAAUCUAAUAUGGCAGGACCUGUGACUUGAAAUGUUUUCACUAAUAUGAUUUUAGUGUAAGUACAUUAAAAUUCAUUAUGAGUAGGGUAAAGAAAAACCAAUGACAGUGUUGGAACUUUGACAGUGGGAUGAGCUCAUAGAACAGAAAUCCGUACCUAAAGCCUUAACAGUUGAAAAGUUAUUGACAUUAUUACCAACACUGUUAUAGUAAAUUGUAACAGCUGAAUCCAUCUCAAAAGUCACACUUGUGAUAUACCAGAGGAAAGAGAAUAAUGCCUGCAAUGUAAUGAACACAUUGUUUUUCUAAUUAAACAACUAUAAAAAUGUUAUAAACAAUGUGGAUUAUUUACAUAAAUAGUGCCACAACUAUGAUCUCCUCCACAGAGAUAAAAAUGAUCUUAUCAGCAUUAGGUUCUUUCCUUAAUAUUUCCAUAACAUUCAACAUGUGUUGACUUGUGCUUGUGAUUUAUGAAAUAGGUCAAGUUCGUGUUUUGACUAGAGUGGUAAAUGUGAUGAU